UUUCUUCAACCGUUUCAAGCAGCAGAUGAACAAACAAUGCACUGUAGUGAUGUUUUUUCUCCCUCAUCCAGCAUUGAGUACUCUGAUUUCACUCCUUUGUCUUUUGAUGAAGAUGUUAACAAUGAUGAGUUAACAUCUUCUUUUGAGGUUCCUCUCAGAUCUUUUGUCCCCCACUUUGAUCCCACUCGUCUUGCUGUGGACGCCAUAUAUAAAAACAAGAAGGAGUUUAGUUUUAAUUUGAAGAUGUAUGCAAUUACUAAUUUUUUCCAAUACCGAACAAAGUCAUCUUCUCCUAAGGUGUUACAUGUUAUUUGUU